AUCUGAGAAAUUUACAGACCGCGCGCUGGUUCAUAAAAUGCUCGUACAGGAGAUAGACACUGGCAUUUCUCGCUGACCUCUGGGGGAGGAUGACCAUCUUGAGAGGGUAUUCUUCAAGUAAGUCAGUUGGUGAUGGAAAUCGGACAGAUUGGACUCGAAGAUACUACAGUCAUGGACCUCUACAACGCCAACAUUUCGGCAACCAUGAUGACUGAAGAAGGUGAGACUGAAGGGAUGCAGACUGCUCUAACCAACCCUGUGCAAAUGGGAACUGCGCGAAUGCAGCAAAUAAACGCCGUAAUUACGAUCGGUAUUUCCCUGGCGAGCAGUGUCCUAUCCCUCAUCUUAAACACCCUGAACAUCAUGGUCGCCACAAACAAGCAUUUCAAUCUCCCCGUUAGUAACUGCGUCGGCAUCGUGUCAAUGUCUUUAGCAGAUAUGAUCAUCGGUUUAGCCACAAUAAUACGGUUUUCUUUCAGUUUCUGGCAGCGGUUCAUCUGCCGUGUACACCUGGUUAUAUCGGUUACGGGUGUCCGGGUAUCCGUCGUCUCCUUAAUCCUCAUCAUUGUCGAUCGCUACGUGGCCAUCAUCCAUCCGUUCAGGCACCAGCGUUACGCAACGAAGAAGUUCUGCGUCGUGCUCGUAGUCGUGAUGUGGAUUCUGACAGCAUUUGCCAACAUCCUCGAAAAUGCUAACGGUACCUACUUUUACGACCCCAAUCGGCGCAUAUGCGAUGUUCAGCUCUCGUUAACGCGUCUUCUCGUGUCGACGAUAUUAGUCUACUUCGUACCGUUGUCAACUAUGCUUGUCAUCUACAUUCAUCUCCUCGUUGUUGUCCGACAGUUGAUCCUCGAUAUGAACCGAAUCCAUCCGGUCAGAGACUAUUCGGUCUCCAACCGGGUUACGUUUAGCACUACUUUCUCCGACCGUACGCUCCCUGAAGCUUCGAUCCCAGGACCAAGUACGAAUGGCGAGAUGCAAGGAGGUGGCAUCGUCAAUGCCUCACAUCAGAAUGACCACACCGGGCAGUUCAAGCUUAUCCUGACCUUCUUCGCAGUCACCGCAGCCUUCACCGUAACCACGGUCCCCAACAGAAUUGUGCGUCUUAUGGCUAUCUUCAAAGGACCCCUCUCGGUAUCCCCUGGGCUAACCCUCUUUUGCAGAGUCCUUGUCAUCAGCGGAAGUUGGCUGAAUUUUUUCAUCUUUUCGGUCAUGAACCACAACUUCCGGUUAACACUAAAACACAUUUUUAGACGUAGGUGCGCUGGACAUUGCCACUGCUGAAACCUCCGGGGGGCCAGUCAAAUAUAUUGCUGUACUGACACAGGCAUGACCAAGGAAUUUCCAAAAACCCUCUAAACGAGUUUUUCUCUGUGUGCAAAAUAUCCCCCUAAACAAGUUUUUCGCGGCUUUAUUUACACAUUUUGGCCCCUAAACAAGUUGUCGCCAAAAUAUCAUCUCGAAGAAAAAGCUUUUGGGGAAAAACAUACCCUAAAUACGUUUGACCCCGCGAUUGACCAUUGACCAGUCUUUCAAAACCA